UCAUUGCAUUUCGUAGUGUAGUGGGGGAAGGGAGGAGAGAGGCAAAGAAAAAAGUGAAAAAUAAUUCGUUGGACGUACAAAAAUUUGAUAAAAGUUCUCAUAAACGAAAGUAAAAGCUCUUGUAAAGUAAUGUGAAUGGAAAAGUGAUUCAUAUGUGCAGUGCAUCACGCGCAAUCGUAUUGUUUCGGCCGUAAUAACAAACCAUAAACAGCAAUGCUGCGGAACUGCGACGAGGACUCGGGGCGCAGCUCCUGUUCAGCUGCCUCUAUAGGCCUCAGCCCCAUCAUGGACUACCACGACAUGGACUCUGAACCAAUCCAAGUCAAAAGGAGACAGAAAACUCAAGACACAGGUACCAACACCGAUUUAAAAGUCAGCAUGCGCCCUAGAAGCUGCACAGGCCUCAUCAAAUCCCCUGAUGAAUGUGACCCGUUCCCCAGCUGCAGGCUUCCAAGGCAUCAUAGAAAAGCUGUGUUCAAUUUAUUUGACACACCCAGAAUGGGAGGCCUGAGUAAUGCCCACUCAACUUUAGAAAUUGCCUGCAGUACUAAAAUAGAAGAAUCUAAGAUUCAAACCAAUGCAGUAUCCAUGGCUGCUAUUACAAGUGACCAUAAAAUUCAUCGACAAGCACCUUUGGGUGCAAACUUUAGAAGAGGAAAGCCUGUACAAAGAGCAGCUUCAAGACUGUACAAAGCCGAGUCAGGGUUUAAAGGUAAGGAGUGCUGCACCGGACCAGAGUUCAUUGUGAGAGCUUCACAGCCUGUAAAACACUUGGAUCUCACCCUCUCAGCUAUCUCAGAUAAGAGAAUCAUCAAUGUGGUGUUGCUAAAUGGGCAGAGAGUAGAAGUCCUUUGUGAUCCCAGUACAAUUACUGCUGGACAAUUAUUUGAAGCCCUGGUUCAUAGUGAAAAAUAUGAACAUAACUUUAUGCUUGGGAUGGCAAUAUUGAUUGGUGGAGAUUUUGUAUUUUUGCCAGAUGACUACAAAAUAAAGAAAGUUGCACCAGAAGGCUGGUAUAAAACUGGAAGCAAGAAAAAAAUUGUGGAAGAUGUAUCCAUAACAGUAUUUUUGAGGAUAAAGUUUUUCUUGCCUAAAAAUGUUGCCACUAAUAUACAAGGUGGAGAAUGGAGGUACAGAGUAUAUCUGCAACUCAGGAGGGCCACAGUUGAAGGUCAGUUGACUUCUACAAUCCAGAAUCUCAUAUUAUUAACCGGCUAUGCUCUGCAUAUUGAAUUUGGAGAGUUCUCUUAUAGAGAACAUGGAACUGCCGAUUAUUUUUUAUUGGAGCAUUAUUUGCCAGAAUCUUCUAUUACAAAUGAUAUGGCCGAUGUAAAACUUCGUAUGAAGAGAGCUCAUGAAUCUAGGCGUGGGUUAGACAAGAAUAAAGCAAUGAUCAACUUCAUAACUUUAGCCCAAACUUUUCGUGACUAUGGAGCGCAUUUUUACUCCGCUAUUUGGGCUACGCGAGAUGGAUUUUGUAGAGACGUAUGGUUAUCUAUUGGACCAAGAGGAAUAACUAUUUAUUCCCGCAAUAACCGUGUCUCUGAGGAGUCUACAAACACUACAAAUCGCAUAGUGUUGCAGAGUUUACCUUGGCAUCAUAUACACACAUUUUAUUAUAACAAGAAAAGCCUGUACAUCAUGCCUAAUUCUUACUCAGGUUUGUCAAAGAUUGGAGUUAAAUAUAAGUUAAAAAUGCUAGACAACAAAAGUUACUUUACAUUUUGGCUGGCUUCCUUGCAUCACAGACUCUACUUGAAAUUAUAUGCCAAGGAUGACUUCCUCAAUUACUUGUCUGAAGAUCUAAACUGUCCAUUAAAUCCAGAUGGAAGUCCAAAGAAAUCUGAGUGUAGUAAUUAUCAGGAUAGCUACAACUUGGCUGUAAGGAACCCAGUUCGCGUGAGAAGGCCUAUUAGGAGGAGGUUCAAAGUGGACAUUUUUGGUGACAAAAAAGCUCAAAACAAAGAGAACGAAAAACCUAACACUGAAGAACUACUUCGGCAGAUAUUGACUCCACCUCCUCACGAUGAGAGUUUGAUUACAUCAAAUGUAAAUUCGGCUGGUGACUCCUCUAAUGAUGGGCAUUCAUCCUCCGAAAGUUGUAGUAUUCCUAGAAGACAUGGUGUUAAAAUGGGAACAAGAGUGUUCAGUAAGUCGGUUUUAGACAACAGGUAUCCACCAUCCCCAAUAAAAAGUCCCAUCAGCUGUUUCAGGUCAGAUGGUGACCUAGCCACUACCCAUAGUGACUCUGAUGAUCUCAGUUCGGAGCAAAGACAACAUUGCAAUGUGAAUAGUAUGAAGUUGUUGCCAGAGAGGCAAUACAACCAGAGUUUGUCCCCUGCGCCGACAGCCUACGUGUUAGAAUCUCCUAAAGUGUAUCCAGAAAUAUUUAAUUACAAUGCAACUAACAAUGAAUCUGUUUUAAAUACUUCUCUAUUCGAAAAAUUGGAUAAUAUGGGAUGUGUGCAGGGAGAAAGAGUAUUUGUGACUGCUGCAUUAGAAAGAGAUACAAUGAAUGCUUUAGGACUUCAAGUAGCUGAAGGAUCAGAUGGGAAUGUGUAUAUUAAAUCAAUUACUUCUGGAAGCCCUGCAGACUUGUGCAAGAAACUGACGCCAGGGGACCAAAUUAUAUCUGUGAAUGGGCAAACUUUACUCAAUGUUAAGUACGACAAAGCUUUAGGGAUGUUGCAAUCGGCUCCACAGAAAGUAGAGCUUAUAGUCUUGCAAAAUACAAGUAAAAACUCAAUUUUAGACCUUCAGUAUGAUAACAAGAAACAUGAAGAUACCAAUAUUAUUUCUAAUUUAGCAAGUAAAGUGAGUAUACGAGAUAGUGUCGCUAGUGCCUUAGAUUUAGAUUUAACUGAUGAUGAGCUGUUGAAUGAGGAAGCAUUGAAAACUAUCUACGCGUUAAUAAAAUUAACGAAAGAAAAAGUUAUUAGCAGAAUGAAAGACAAGAGCAGCAGGCAAACAACCCCUGUUAAAUGUAAUUUACAGAAAUGCUUUUCUGAAAACAAAGUUUAUGAGGAGUCAGAUGUAGGGAACUGCUCAUCUCAAGAAAGUACUCCCGAAAGAAGGAAUGCCCAAAAGUUCAACACUUGGCGCGGUUUGGGGAACAUUCGACCAAAACGGCGACCUCUGAGUCUAAGUAUACCGUCAGGCGUCGACUUGCCCGCGGACUUUUUGAACGACAACAGCGCUUUGUUAAAGAAGUCUUCUCUUAAAUCGAUCCAGUCGUCGCUAGACAGUUUGGACAAAUCAGUGAAGAGUGGGUCGUCAAAAAUUGUUCCGUUGCCUCGGAACUUUGGUUUAGGACGGCGGUGGCUCGGACCAGUGAGGUACCCAGUCACUCCUUGUAAAAAUAGCGGUGCUGUUGAGGACAGUGCAAUCUCAGAAGAUAAUAUUAUCCGAAGACAUUUUAUUUACGGUGCUGGAGAUUCAGAUGAGGAUCAAAUAUUUUUGUAAAUGUAUAUCAAGUUCAUGAGUACCUUUAUAUUAGUUGUAAUUGUAUGUAAAAAGAACCAGAAUCUAAGACAAAUGUUUAAUAAAUGCCAUUAUUAUACUUAA